CCGAGUAGCAGCCAUUCAGCGGCAGUGGCUGAAGCGAUUGGACUGCGAGCGUCUCCCCCAACACUUUCUGUGGAAUUUGAAUUAUUUUGGCACUGCACGGUUCGUGAUACAUAGGUGACGGCAUUAACCGGGCAUCUUCUGGGUCGCAGCGGUGAUCACAGGGAGCUCAGCGAUGAAUAAGCUACGGCAGAGCUUCCGCCGGAAGAAAGACGUCUACGUGCCGGAGUCUAGUCGGCCGCACCAGUGGCAGACAGACGAGGAGGCGGUCCGCAGUGGCAAAUGUAGCUUUGCAGUCAAGUACUUGGGACAUGUGGAGGUGGAGGAGUCCCGAGGCAUGCACAUCUGCGAGGAUGCAGUCAAGCGGCUGAAGACGGACAGGAAAUUCUUCAAAGGAUUCUUUGCAAAAGCUGGGAAGAAGCCAGUGCGGGCUGUGUUGUGGGUGUCGGCAGACGGUCUGCGUGUCGUAGACGACAAAACAAAGGACCUGAUUCUGGACCAGACAAUAGAGAAGGUGUCGUUCUGUGCUCCGGAUCGUAACUUUGAGAGGGCGUUCUCUUAUAUCUGCAGGGACGGCACCACGCGGCGCUGGAUCUGCCAUUGUUUUAUGGCCAUUAAAGACUCAGGAGAGCGUCUCAGUCAUGCUGUGGGUUGUGCAUUCGCCGCCUGUCUGGAACGAAAACAGAAACGGGAGAAGGAGUGUGGGGUCACAGCAACCUUUGACGCCAACAGAACCACUUUCACCCGUGAGGGCUCAUUUCGUGUUACUACGGCAACAGAGGCAGCAGAGCGGGAGGAAGUCAUGAGGCAGCUACAGGAUGCUAAAAAAACAGAGACAGAUGUUAUAAUUGCUGGGAACCAAGCCACCAGUGUGACAAACUCCUCAGCACACCAGACGGGAGGCUCACCAUCCCCCUCGUCCUCCCCGCCUCUUUCUAUGUCCGCCCUGGGACCCCAGGCGAUACCACGCAGACACGCACCAGCCGAUGUUAUCGCCAGGCAGGGCUCUUUCAGAGGCUUCCCGGCCCUCAGUCAGAAGACUUCUCCCUUCAAACGACAGCUGUCACUGCGCAUGAACGAGCUCCCCUCCACCAUGCAGCGCAAGUCUGACUUCCCCAUGAAGAACACAGUCCCAGAGGUAGAAGGAGAAGGUGACAGCAUCAGUUCGCUGUGCACUCAGAUCACCUCAGCUUUCAGUGGACCCCCAGAGGACCCCUUCUCCUCAGCACCAAUGCCCAAACCAGCUUCAUCCCCGCAGUCUCCUGUAGCACCAGUGAACGGCACAGCUCCCGCCUUCUCUGUUGCUGCUGCUGUAACUGCUAACCCCCCAGUUCUGCCCCCCGCUCUGCCUGCUCGAGACACUAACCCCUGGGCUAAGACCCCAGCAGGGGCCCCGGCCUCAGCACAGCCAGGAAGUAACUGGUCAUCCCCUACGCCAGUGAUAGUGGUCCCCCCCACAUCCUCCCCAGUCAUGCCCUCCCACAGACGCACACCAUCAGAAGCAGACCGGUGGUUAGACGAAGUCUCCAAGUCUGUCCGUGCCCCGCAGCCUAAUCCAAUCAUGGCAGCUGCCACGCCUCCCACCCAGCCGUUCACUGCCCCUGUGCCGAUGCCUGUGGCGUCUGUUCCCUCUGUUCCCCCGGUGGCCUUCAUGUCCUCUCUGCCCUCCGCCGUGCCCAUGUUGCCCCCUCGACAGCCCGCCUUUCAUGCUCAGGCUCCAGCCUCCUACCCGAUGCCGAACGGGCUGCCGUUUCCUCAGCCCAGCGUGCCUGUGGUCGGCAUCACUCCUUCACAGAUGGUGGCUAAUGUAUUCGGCUCAGCCACGCAACCCCAGCUGUUCCCAGUCCCGGCCUCCACAACACCCCAGCAUGAUGCCCAGGCUGUCGGCAACGUCAGCCCGUUUAUCAAACCCCCACAGUCCAGCGCAGUGAACCCUGCUCCCCUCCAGCCAUCCAAUGGUAGUGUGACCUUUAACGGGGCAGACAGCUGGGCUGCUCCAUCCCAACUCGCUCCAUCCUCCCCAGCCACCCAGCCGCCUCCGCAGCCGCAGGAAGAUGCCUUUGAGGCCCAAUGGGCAGCCUUGGAGGGCCGCUCGCGCCAGCGCACCACACCCUCCCCGACAAAUCCCUUCUCCACUGAGCUGCACAAGACCUUUGAGAUCCAGCUCUGAAGACUGUGUUUGAGAUUAGAAAGUACUGGACAAUAAGGAGGCCAUGUUAGUUGAGGGAGCAGAUGGGUAAUUGACUAAAGAAGAGAGGGGAAUGUCCUCCUGUCUCUCUUCAUCUCAGUUUCAGUGGACAUGCUAAGCAGGGCGAAAAGAACUGGGAGACAGUGGAGAGCAACAGGUGACUCAGCAGGGAGCAGAACUCUGCACAGCAGUGAGGGGAGAAAAAAACAAAACAGGUUGCUGCUAACAAGGGUGCAGCUCCCCAGGCAUUUCAUUGGCAUUGUAUGUAUUGUUUUGUUUGUGCUUUGGAGCGCAAGGUCGUCAUUACCCUGUGACGAGCCACACCCAGUCCCCUGUCAACCCCCUACAAUCGACCCGGGUGUGGUGGUUCCCGUCCCCUGCCUGCCUUUGCUCGGUCCAGCUCCCAGCGCCCUCUGUUGACAGGACGAGACCUCCCUCACCUGGCAGAGGAACUGCAGCACUGAGAGAACUCAGCUUCCAGAUGAGAAGUUCUCAUUAAUAACUUCCCAGUCAGAAGAAUAAAGUGAGACAAUGCCAAAAUCUUUAUUUUUAUGCAUUAAGUAUAUUUUAAAUAGCUUUGGAAUCUAACAGAAGAGUUGUAAGUAAUUGUGCCAAAGGCACAGGCUAGCUACAAUGAGACAAGUUCAUGUUCGUGUAUACAAGAAAUGACCGUAUAUAUUAUACAUAAAUAUAUAUAUAUAUAUAUCUAUAAAGAAUCUAUACUGUACACACAGCUCACAGCAGUGCUAAUUUUUAAUGUGAUGUAAAGAGAUUUUGUGAAGGGACAGCUGCUUUACUUUUGUGGUUUUUUUUGUUUGUUUUAUUGAUUUAUUUUUGAAGAAAAUUUCUUUAUUUCUGUCUUUUGCAUCCUGUGAUUGGAUGUGAAGCAUCUCACUGUAAAUAGGGUAUCAUUGCAGCAACAAUCAAUGUGGACCUAGCAAUGGUGGUGGUGCCCAACUGGUUGCCUCUCUUACCUGUGCUUAGUUUUUAAUAGUUUAGUACACAUCAGUACUUAACAUUUUACUUCUUCUGUCUUCAUUAUCAUUCUUUUUUGUGUGGUAAUGAUCUUGUUUUUUUAUUUAACACAGUAGGACAUGUCAUCUCCUGUUUCUCCACCUCUUAUAUUAUUUUUUUAAGUAGUUGAUUUCAAAAUUUUUAUUUUGCACAAGCACUAAAGUAGAUGAUUUGACCUCACAGGUGACCUUGAUCAACAUGGGUUAGUCAGUUGUGGUGCUGCAGUAGCUGAGAAGCUGCAUGCUGACCUGCCCUGACCUCCAUUAGCCUGCUGUGGUUCUGACGGUCAGCAGAAAACUACAGGGAGAUAUAAUGGUUUCAUCUCUCACUGUCUGAUUUCUCUCUGUCAUGUUUUUUUUUUUUUUAAAUCAAACCUGUGAAUAUGAUCUAUUAUCUGAUCUAUUUUUCCAUUUUGUAAUUAUUUCAUUACUUUAUUCCACUUCUGAGAAAUAUUGAAGCUAAAAGAUUGAAUAAAUUGAUGGUGGUAGAGGAAAAA